UCUCCACUCCCGAAACUGACUACUCCUCUCAAAAUGAAACUCCUUAUCUGUGUACUCCUGGCGGCCGUCGCCCUGAGCGCGGUGUCUGCCGGCUACCUGCGUAGCGGCUGGAACGGCGGGUACGGUGGUGGCUACGGUGGCGGCUACGGUGGCGGCUGGAACCGCGGCUACAGCAGACCCAUCGUGAUCUCCCGCAGCUACGGCGGCUACGGCGGGUACGGCGGCGGGUACGGCGGCGGGUACGGCGGCGGCCACGGCGGCGGCUACCGCAGCGGCUGGUCCCGAGGGGGAGGCUGGUGCCGCCCCGCAACGGAGCAACGGAUCGGCGUGAUUGUUUGCAUGGCUGUAGUCAAAGACCUGAAGGCACUACCUCUUCUGUUCGCGCUGGUAGCGUGCGCGGCAGCCGGCGCCGUCCGCGACAAGCGCGGUCUCCUCGGCGGGCUGGGCUCGGGCGGGCUGGGCGGCGGCGGCUACGGCUACUCCGCUCCCGCCCUCGUCACCGUGAACAAGGUCGUGAACGUGCAGAGACUCGUCACCGUCCCGCAAGUCGUCAACGUACAGAAGCUGAUCACGGUGCCGCAGGUCAUCUCCGUCAACAAGCUGAUCGCGGAGGGCGGCCUGGGCGGCGGCCUGGGUGGUGGCCUGGGCGGCGGCUUGGGCGGCGGCUACGGCGGCGGCUACGGCGGCUGCGCCGGCGGGCAGUGCGGCGGCCCUCUCCGUCUACCUCCUCACCCACAACCACCCGUCGACAUGAAAUCCUUCAUCGUAGCGUGCGCGCUGGUGGCCUGCGCCCUGGCCGGCUCCGACAGCGAGAAGCGCGACAAGAGAGGCUACCUGAGCGGCGGGCUCGGCGGCUACAGCGGCGGCUACAGCGGCGGCUACAGCGGCGGCUACAGCGGCGGGCUCGGCGGCGGGUACAGCGGCGGGCUCGGCGGCGGCUACGGCGGCCUCGGAGGAGGACACGCGCAAGUCGUCACCGUCAACAAGGUCGUCAACACGCAGCGCGUCGUCGACGUGCCGCAAGUGGUGCACGUGCGCAGAGUGGUCUCCGAGCCCCGAGUGGUGUCCGUGAACAGGCUGGUCAGCAGCGGCAUCGGAGGCUACUCGUCCGGCAUCGGCUCCGGCUACUCGUCCGGCUACUCGUCCGGUAUCGGCUCCGGCUACUCGUCCGGCUACUCGUCCGGCAUCGGCUCCGGCUACUCGUCCGGCCACGGCUGGUGA